UCUCGAGUAGGAUCUCAGCUAUGAAUAGAUUGAUGAAAUAGACAACACAACAGCAACAUCAUUCAAAGCAAUGAGCACUUCCACCAGCCUAAAGAAAUCGUGGAAAGUAACCGUGUGCGUGCAUUACCAUGCGGUGCUUGUCGAAAGCAUCUCGAAAGUAUCUCUAAUAGACGCCUCCAUUCACUUUUCACUAACUACGCCUGGUACCACGGCUCAUCAGCUCUAGCAAUUUUCCAGAACGUACACCUCUCUGCGCUGUCGCUGUUUCAAGAUUCAAUGUCGUGAUUACUUUCAUAAAAAAAUUAAAGAGUAUUAUCUGUAAAUAAAUGUUAACUUAUAUAUUGACGAGACGACAAAUUGCCGAGAGAUCUUUUUGUGCAGAUAAUCUUUUUGUCCCUAAAGUUGACAAUUUAUGAAGGAAUUUAUAAUAUCGCGUUUGCAAAUAUUUUCGAAAAAACUACCGUUAUCCUAUUCUUGCACAAUUCGAUUGUUUGAUAUACAGAUGCGCGUGUCUAUAAGAAAUACGUUAAAUAUUUCACAAAUUCAGGUCACAGAGAAAGUAUCUAUUUUGUGCAAGGUGAGUCAUGCAUAAAAUUUGCAUGUAAUUCUUUACUUGAAUACAAUCUUUUUAUUUCUUGAACUAUCGUAUAUUGACAAUAUCAUUAAUCUUUCCAUUAUGCUGUUACAUGCAUGCGACCUUUUUGUCAAAUAAUUUGUCAUUCUGUUUGUCCGUUUACAUAUGAAAUUAAUAUGCCCAUUUUGAUUGUAUGUUUUCCUUGGAGAAACUCCGCUGUUUAUUGAAGAACAAAUUGUAAUAAUUUCAGUCGUAGCGUUGCGAUGACGUUUAUGAGCCAUUAUACACAUGUUGCUUUAGGCGGCUCGAGAGAAAUGGAAGGGAAGAUUAUAAAAGAAAGUUUCCUGCUCGAAGACCUCAAGUUUACAGUUUCAUUUCGGUCCAUAAAGGCUCCGUCCGGCUACGCGGACAUUUCUCUUCAUUAGAAAACUUAACGAUAUAAUGUAUCCUGUUUCAGAGUGAUAUAACAACCUGGAAAAAUUUCAAUAUCUAACACAAUUUUACGUUGUAUAAUUUCUACAUGUGUGACGCGGAAUUGUUGGUUGCAAAGUUAUCGAGAUGAUUGAAGUAAAAGUUGAAGUAAUUAUUUUAGCCAAAGUGAUAAGUUAACAAAUAGUGAUAAAUAUUCUUUUACCGGUAUAUGGAAAAGAACAUGUUCACUAAAAUAAAAAAGUGUAUACAGCAAAUGCUGCUCUAACUACACACGCAUUUAAUCGAUAAUUUAAUUUAACUAAAUUGGAUGCAUUGCAAAUAUAGUUAUAUUAAUUUUACAAAAUUAUAUUCUACGAUAUAUACAAAAAUGCAGUUAUCUAUGAUUAUUGUGCUUUUUGCUUUACUGCUGGAGUUAGUGGAAUUUAAUGAGACCUACAAAAUUAAGUCGUAUAAAUAUUAUAAUCCCCAUCCAUGGCGACGCCCACGAUGGCACCCGCUUCCGAAACACCGAAAACGUUAUCAUUCCAAAAGCGUACCAUCGUACAAAUAUCGUCAUUACGAACCGGAACCAGACUACCACAGAUAUACACCGUAUCAUGAGGAAACGUCUGACAGCGAUAAACCUUACGUCAUAGUCAUACAACUUCCACAAAAAAACGGGAAAAAGAAUUAUCAUUCGUAUCAGCGAAAGCAUGUUAUAGAUACUCCACGAGAUAAUGAUUAUAUAGAUGACGCCGAUGAGCUGAAAGUGUACCAGCUGGGUAACUAAAAGUCUAAAUAAAAAUCAAAUACCAUUCGUCGGUUUUAUGCACUGUAAAGAUGUAUAACGAUUCGACAGUUUGGGUAAUAAAGCCCUAAAGGCUAACGACAUAAAGAAUUCGAAGAAAGUUGAGUUGCAGUAUCGAUAUUUAUGUUUUGUAUUUAUUUGUUAUGUUUGACAUAUUUUAUGUGUUAAUCUCUUGUUUAAAACUGUGCAAUUUAUAGUCCUGGAAUUAUUUAGAGAAAUCAUACUUUAUUUACUGGGACUGUAUCGUUUUAUAUUUUUAUGAUUUUUCAAUUGAAUAAGAUUUAUU